CAUCCAUCACACAUCCCUCCACACAGGCAGGUCUCGCCCUCCCGCUAACCCAGGAUGACGAGCUCAAAGAUGGAUAUGGACGAGACCAAAUCUCCCUCCAAAACCCUGGUACUAGACUUUAAAGAGGAUGCUGCCCUCACGGAGAUGAUGCGUCUUCGCGUGUCGUCGCUGCAGCGGUCAGGGCAGAAGCGGCAGGACGGCGAGCGCCUGCUUCUCCCCCACGAGGCCGUGUACCGCCUGGACUUCGCCACUCAGGAGCUGAGCUUUUCCCGCUGGUACUUCUCGCUCUCGGGCCACGGCCGAGUCACCAUCACCGGCAUCUCCCAGCACUGGACCCCCGACCUCACCCAUCUGAUGACCCGCCAGCUCCUCGAACCCAUUGGGACAUUUUGGCGAAACGCCGACGACCCGGAGGACUCGCCGCUCAAGUGCCUGGAGGCGGACAUGCAGGAGUUCGGGGAAAGGAUCGCAGAGUUGGCCAAGGUCAGGAAGGUCAUGUACUUUCUGCUCGCUUUCAAGGAUGGAGCUGAGGCAGCAAAUCUCAGCUGCUCAAUUGAGUUCACGCCAGAGAAAUGACCAUCAACGUCUAGCCAGCAGAUGUUAGAACAGUAGAAACGUUUUAAAUGUUUAGUUCAAAUAUUCUCCUCCAAACUAUCCACAUACCCAGCCAUGCACACUAGCAAGACUUUUUCUUUUUUCUUUCUACAGUUCUGUUUUAAAGUAAAAAUGUCAUAUGUCUGCAUCACAACGGGGCUUUUAAUGUUCCUUAUGAAACAAAGGAACAUGUCUCCAGUAAAAGAAACAAACCUGGGAUGAACAAAAACUCAUGACGGAACAAGCGUAAAGAGAUGAAACAAAGUUAAUCACACAGGUAACUGUUGAAUGCUUUCAUAUCUAGUGGUGCGUCAAUUAUGAAAUCAUCUACAUUUGAAAACAAAACUUCUAUAUAAUUAAAGAAAAAAGCCUUUCUGUUAUUUAGUUAUUUCUGAAUUCUUUCACAGCUCACAGGAGCCACAGUCACAAAGCCGGUGAUGGAAUAUCAAACAUCCACAAAGCAUAACUGCUGACCUGACAGAUAAAAGAUCAAUGAAUCAAUCACUGAAAGCCGUGUGUGUGAGAGUGAUGUUGGGGGGGUGAUGUUACCCACAACAGCAUGAACCAAUAUUUAGUCCAGCAGCGCGAGAUGCCUUUACUGUCGUUUUUCAACAGACAGAAAAACAAAAAAGUAAUUUUGAUAAUUUCCCCCAUUGUAAUGCUUUUUGACUUACUUUUCUUACUUUAUAGUUCUCUUCACUAAUGAUUGAUCUUUUCAUUGUUUUUCUUUGAGGACAUGAGCCCCUCUCACUGCAUCUGAAGACUUUAGAGGUGAAAUGUGUGAUAAUCUUCUCAAAGUAAAAGCCUUUAGUUCUCCAGUAGAUGAAAGUUUGCACAUUAGCUGUCACCAUUUCAAAGCAUUUCUUUUUGUAUAAAUGUUAUUUACUGAUUUUAACUGAUCCUAGCAUUGUGUUAUGUGAUUUAAACAACUUGUGUGAU